AUGGAUUUUCAGGGUUUCUUAAACGACUUGCAGGAUUGGGAACUUUCUACAAAGGAAAAUAAAGCGACGAAAACCAAGUCACAAAAGGAAAAUAAAUUCACAAAAGGUUUUUCUUCUUGGAGUGGUGGAUCAGUGGGUGUAAAGAAUGGGUCAAGAGGAGAUACUAUUUCUUUUGAUCAUGCAAGAAAUUCUUCAGCUCAGUAUGAUUUCUCAAGAAACAAUGAUCUGUUAAAACGUGUGAGUAGUAGUUUUGCUUCUGAAGAUGUUCCUGAUGCUGCAUCCGAGAAAGACCUGGGUAACGAGUUUUUUAAACAGAAGAAAUUUAAGGAAGCUAUUGAUUGCUAUUCAAGGAGUAUUGCCUUCUCACCAACUGCUGUAGCGCAUGCAAAUAGGGCAAUGGCCCAUAUAAAGCUAAGAAGAUUUCAAGAGGCUGAGGAUGACUGUACGGAGGCCUUAAAUCUUGACGAUCGCUACAUAAAAGCAUACUCGCGGCGAGCAACGGCUAGAAAAGAACUUGGGAAAAAUAAAGAAUCCAUGGAGGAUGCUGAGUUUGCCAUGAGGUUGGAACCUAACAAUCAAGAAGUCAAGAAACAGUAUGCUGAUGCCAAAUCACUUUACGAGAAAGAAAUUCUACACAAAACAUCUAAAGCACUAAGAAAUACUGUGCAAAAAUUGGGAAAGUCUGAGGCAAAAGUUAAUGGAAGCAGCAGCAUCCCCUCUGUUUCACAUGGUACUCAAAAGUCAGGUCCAGCUGAAGCUCAUCAUCAAAUCAGGGGUAAUGAGGGAAAAAUUCCUGCUAAAGAAUCACUCUUAAUGGAGGAGAUCAAUACUAAAGAUACAAAAUCUGGAAGCAGAACUCAAGGACAAGUAGGCAAUGGUUCUAAGGAAGGUCAUGGUGCAACCAACAGCUUGGAGCAGAGAAAUCACAAAACUAGAAAGCCGGAAAUUAAAGCAUCUGUUGAGCAGCUUGCUUAUCGGGCUGCUUCUCGAGCUAUGGCUGACGCUGCAAAAAAUAUAACGCCACCAACUACAGCUUAUCAGUUUGAAGUCUCUUGGAGAGGGUUUUCAGGUGAUCGUGCUUUGCAGGCUUGUCUAUUAAAGGCAUUGUCUCCCCAUGAGUUACCGAAAAUAUUCAAAAAUGCCUUAUCUUCUACCCUGCUUGUUGAGAUCAUCAAGUGUGCUGCCUCUUUUUUCGCUGAAGACAUGGAUCUAGUUGUCAGUUAUAUGAACAAUUUAACCAAGGUACCGAGAUUUGAUGUGAUCGUAAUGUGCCUCCCAUCAGCAGAUAAGGAUGACUUGCGCAAGAUCUGGAAUGAAGUGUUCUGUGGUGAAGCAACUCCGAUGGAGUAUGCAGAGAUUCUGGAUAAGCUCCGAUCAAAGUUCUACUUUGAGUAG